AAUAGCUUGCUAACUCGCUCCCUUCCAGAAUUUCGUCCAGCCUACGUCACACCUUCACGGGUUCCUUCACGAAUUUCUCAACGACUUCCCCGCCGAUUCAUACGAUACAUCCACGAUCAACGAACUUUGCUCUACGCUCACAACCACGUACUCUUUCCUCUUCACGCUACAGCGGAGCUAAAGUCUCUGGAUCGUCUUGCAGCGCACAACCAACCCUCGGUGAAAACCAAGGAAUCCAAGUGCGGAGAGGUCGAUAGCUGAGCCUCUCCGGACACAAAUCACACCCUUUACGAUACUGGGCGAUUGAUCGGAGUCUUCAACUGAGGACCAGAAGCACUUCCUUCAUUCCUCUCAUACAUACACAUACACACCUGCACGACCGCAAUUUAUACCCCCACACAGAAACUAUCUCAACAAUGGCAACAACCACACAGCCACGCCGUCAAGGCAACGAGAGCACAGCUCCCUCUACAUUUUCUUACGCACAGGCGGCCAAAGGACUCUCCGGCACAGCUACUUCCGCGACAGCCCCUAGCAAAUCAACAUCCGGAACGAAUACGCCCGCAAAGGAGUCGCGAUCAAAUUCGAUCCCAGCAGUCGCUUCCGUACCCAGCUGGGCUGAUGACGCCGAUGCUGACGCCGAACAAGCAAACGCUAGCAAUCUGAAUGGAGCACGCGAAACGACUUCACAGGUGUCACCACCAAAGCAAGCCGUCACCCAGCCGGCUACCAAUGGCUCGGCCGUGUCGUCUCCAGACCUUGGAGCCUCUUCGGCAUCCACCGCCGUCAAGGACGAUGACGUUACGUCGUUGCAGAAUGGAACAGCAGAGUCGUGGGAAAAUAAGUCACAGGCUUCCACUUCCGUAGAUAAGACCUCCGAGCCCGCAGAGACUACGGCAGAGAACGCAGAGAAAACAAAGGGCAAGGGAAAGAAGGCAGACAAAGCACCGCCCAAGGUGCUGCUUGAUGCACCAAUACCCACAGUCAACCCUUGGGCGCGCAGGUUGGAAGAGCAGAAGGCCAAGGUGGUACAGAAACCGGCCGCUAAAACGAAUCAAACCAACGGUGUCCCUCAAGGACCCUCCUCUGACGCUACAGCGAAGAGAAGCAAGCUCAAUCCCUCAUCGGAGAGCGGCGAUGCCAAAGACAGGAAUGUUACUGCAGACGGAAAGCACAGGCAGGAUCGCAGUAAGCAAGAGCACGACGCGGAGAAAUCCAGGAAGGGCGGUAAGGGCAAGCCGUUCGACAAGAAUUCAGCGUCGCUCCCGCUUCCUCCUACGCGUGACCAAGAGUCAUGGCCGACGCCUGAGACCGCUGUGGACGAAGACAGGAAAAAGAACAACGGAAAAGCGGAUAAAACCGAGAAAGACCGUAAAGACAACGGGCCUGCAAGCAAGAAGGAGUGGGUCUCCAUGCCUUACACUCCAACCGUUGUGUUCAGUACCCCGUUGCCCGCUGCAACGUCGCGAAGAGGUGGCCGAGGAGGAGCUCGUGGCGGCGCGCAGAAUCCGGCCCGAGGCAACAACAUCGGUGCUAAUACCGCCGGAAGCGCCGAAAAAGAUGCCUCUGUGCCGACUCCUUCGAUCAACGGUGAUCAACCAAAGCACGGCCGUGCUGAUGGGUCCAACGUGCGUGAAGGUUCUCCCAAAGAAGGGCGAGCAGCCAAUGCUAACGCAGCUUCUGCAAAGACUGGAACGUCUUCUGCAGAGAAAAGCUCUAAAGUUGCAUCUGGUGCCGAAGCUGAUGCUCACUCUCGCAAUGUCUCUAGCGUGACCGACGCUGCAGUUAACUCAACCACCUCCGCACCGAACAACAAUUUCCCUCGCCAGUACCCAAAUCGUCCUGGCAAGGGUAGGAGGGGAGAUUUCGCGGGUGGAGAUCGCAGGAAGGAUGGAGAUGUAAACUCGGCCUCUAAGGAUAACUCCGGAGCCGCAGACAAGCGCGCAUCCGCUAACCAGAAUGAUGCUGAGGACGCAGACCGACGAUCUGGCGCUCCCCAGGAAGGUCAGGUCAACCCGCAAAAGGGUGCCCCAAGCGAGCGCCGAGGCGGCUUCAAUUCGUUCUCAGGUCGCGAACGUGGUGGCCGUGGUGGGAACCGGGGAGGUCGAGGAGGAUUCCAGAACGGAAAUCAUCAGUUCACAAAUGGUCACGCACCUGCGGUCCAGUCCACUUCGUCUUUCUCUCUCGCCCGCUCACCACCAAACUUCCACCCCGAACAGGCUGCCUACUUCCCCGCCCCUUCUGGACAUGGUCGUGGGUACAGGAAUGGCCCUCGAUCGCAAUCCGUCACGAAUGAGAACAUGUUUGUACGCAUGCCGUAUCCCGGCAUGCCUCAGCAGCUUGCACCGAUUCAGACGUUUGCUCCAGCGCAGUCGUACGACUACAUGCCUCCUGUCAGCGCGGUACCUUACAGUCCAUAUGGCGUCGACCAGUGGACCAUGACCUCAAUGGUCUCUACUCAAAUGGAGUAUUACUUUUCCGUCGAGAAUCUGUGCAAAGAUAUCUUCCUGCGCAAGCAUAUGGAUUCGCAGGGCUUCGUUUUCUUGAGCGUGCUCGCCGACUUCAACAGGAUUAAGCAGUUGACAACAAACAUCGACAUCAUCAAGCAUGUCUGCCACGCCUCUCCCACCAUCGAGUACCGAGUUGGCGUUGAUGGUAGAGAUCGAUUGCGACGACGAGAGGGCUGGGAACAGUGGGUUCUCUCAUCCUCUGACCGCGACCCGUCGGCACAAAAUGAUGGCCCCGAGGAGCUGCAUAGCCCGCCCGUCCCGACUUUUAACGGAUUUGAUCCCCGUUAUCCAGACAUGCCACUGAACGGAGCGCUUCACUCAAGCAACAACGAUGUCCCUACUAAUGAGUUUAAGGGUAAGGCAGAGAGCCGUAACUGGGAGAACGGAACACAGGAUCAUGUUCUGGACCCCAAUGCGCCUGCCGUCAAUGGAUUUGGCAGUGCUAACGGUCAUGUCAACGGCGUGAAUGGACAUGCUGUUGAAGCACCCGUCAACAACGCUGUGAGUGGCGAAUUUGAUUCUUUCUCUGAUCGCAGUAGAAACGGUGUACCUGAAUCUGCUUGGAGGCGUACCGAACGUGUAGCAGGGUCUGCAGCGAGGACUCCCUUGUAUUGGGUCAAGAAUAAAGAUGCGCCCGUGGAGUCUCCUCCUCUCGACUCGUCAAACGAACCCUACACCAACCUACGAGAAAAAGCAUUAUCCCAGCGUCAACUAUCAGCACUUGGAACUUGUCCCCACGAUAUGAAUGUUUUGUAUCAGUUUUGGUCCCACUUUCUCAUUCGCAAUUUCAACACUACAAUGUACGAGGAAUUCCGGCGGUUCGCCUUUGAAGAUUUCCUUCACAACAACUCAGUUGUUGGCUUUGCCAACCUCGUCAAAUAUUACGGAGAUACGUUGUCAUCCUCGCAAAGUCUCAUUCGAGAGCGCGUCGCCCGGGAUUACGUGGAUCUGGUCAGAAUCGAAGCUACAAUCUUACGGCCAGCGUUCGAUCAGUUGCAAUCUUCCUUACGCGAAGGAGGCCUUAGUGAUCGAAAUCGCGACACGAUCACCCAAUUCCUUGACCCUGAACUCAAAGCGUUUCUUGGAUGAGGCAAACCCUAGCUCAGUGGCGUUUUCGAAAACAGCAACGGUUAUUUUGUAAUGGUGGCGACCGACGGCUCCUGCUUCGAUACAU